UCGGGUAAUUUAAACGUACCGUAGAGAACCAGUAUAAUCAUGGCGACUGAGAGCUCAACCGAUGGAGUGGGAAGCUAUUUGCACUUCAUAUUUCCACAACCAUGCUAUGACGAAUAUUUUUUGAAGCUCAAUUUCUUUCACGUCCAAUGUUUCAAUGUUGUCCUCAGUAAGGCUUUGGGUUAUGGAAUUAUCCUUGGCGCUGUUUUAGUAAAACUGCCCCAGAUUAUGAAGAUAGUGAGUGCUGGCAGUGGGAAAGGAAUCAGCCUGGUAGCUGUUAUGUGCGAGUUAUUUGCCAUCUCAGCAACUACUACAUAUGGAUUUGCCAUGAGCUUCCCAUUCAGUGCCUAUGGGGAGGGCCUUUUCCUGACCAUACAGACAAGUCUAAUUGCCUUUCUUAUUCUGUUCUUUGGUGGUAAUGCAGUUGGAGCUUUUAUGUUCGGAGCACUGUAUACAGGCAUUAUGGGAUAUCUUCUAUCUGGACUUUGUCCAAUAGCUGUACUCAGCGCUUUACAGAGUAUCAACAUACCUAUAGUUAUUUUAAGCAAGAUGCUACAGGCAGUGACUAACUACCGCAAUGGGGGUACAGGUCAGCUCUCGGCUGUUACAGUCUUCCUGCUGUUUGCUGGGUCAUUGGCAAGAAUCUUCACCUCCAUACAUGAGACAGGAGACAACCUGGUCAUUGUGACAUUUAUUGUUUCAACAGUAUUCAAUGGCUUAAUUUUUUCACAGAUUCUUUACUAUUGGAAUUCCAAAUCAAAGAAGGACUGAUAUUAAUGCAUUCCUAUUUUAUAACACAACAUAUAUGAUUACAAACUGGACAAAGUAUUGUACCAUUGCCAUAUCAGAAAAUAAAUUUAUACAAUCUUGA